AUGGAUCGACUCUCCGCCGCCCUUCCAGCGCACAAGAGCGCGUUCUUUUCCGCCUCCGUUCCACUCAGCACGCGCGCGGUAGCGCCACCCCGGCGCGCGGCUUCCCCCUCCACGCUUCCCCCCAUCUCCAACAUCUUCUUCCUCCGCCCGCGGGCCCCCCCGCCGCCGCCGCCGUCGCAGGAGCCGCCGAGCACGGGGAAGGUCCCCGCGCCGGGGCGGUACGGCGGGGCGCCGCUCGACAAGCGGAUUCGGCAAUCGUGGGGCGGGAAGGAGGAGGAUCCGUUGGAGUCGGGCGAGUAUAUCUGGAACACGGAGUGGAAAAAAACAGUCACGGUGGACGAUGCUGACAAGAACAAGGCGGCAGCAGAGGAUCCAAUCGCAUCAGCCGUGUCGUCCAACGACCCCGGCACUUCUGACGGCGGUUUCCUCUCCCUCGGCCGCUCGCUUGCCCUCGACAGCAUGGACGUGGAUCUGAGUGCGGAGCUGAACCGCCCCAGCAAGGCCACUCUGGAGAAGCAGGUGGAGGCAGCCCGCCGUGCAGCUGGCAUGCAGGCACAGCAGGCGAGCAGUGAGGGCAAGAUCAAGUGGCGCUAUGCCCCGACCACCAAGGAGGAGAGGCAGUGGGCCGAGGCCAACAGGAAGAGCGCCAAGAUGGUUAUGGCGUUUGUGGAGAAGGAGGAGCCGCUCACCCCGCAGCAGAUAGCAGAAAGAGAGAGGCAGCAGUAUGAGAAGCUGAAGCAGAGCCUGGUGCUAACGACGCUGGGGUUGGGAGUGGUGUUCACAGGCACUGCUGCUGUGCUCUACAGCCCUGAGGUUGCUGUCAGCUAUGCGGUGGGCGCAGUGGGGUCACUGGUGUACGUGCGCAUGCUCUCGUCCAGUGUGGAGGCGCUGGGAGCUAACUCUGUUCAGGGCGCUAAAGAGGAUGAGGCCUUCGUGGCAGGCAGUAGCACUCUUCAAUGCAUGACUGCUUCGUCGUUCAUCUUCAGUAGCGCUACCAAGAGGCAAUAUCUCUGUCUAUUGGUUUGGCGUUCAUCCAUCUGUUUACUUCCAUACUUGCCUUCCCUCGCUUCAAUUUUCCCUUUUUUUUCCUCUCCUCUUCUUUCCUUCUCUCUCCCCCUCUCUCCUCCUCCCUCCCUCCUCCACACUCCUCUUCUCGCCCCUCUCUCCUCCCCGCUCCUCCUCGCCCCUCCUCUUUCAUCCUCGCUCCUCCUCGCUCCUCCUCUCUCCUCCUCGCUCCUCCUCUCUCCUCGCUCCUCCUCGCUCCUCGCUCCUCUGCGCACCUCCACAUGGAUUCUGGUGCCGCAGUAUGGAGCAGUGCCUCUAGAGCUCAUCCCCAGGCUAGUGGAGUUCUUUGCCGCUGGCCCCUCCGCCGCUCCCCCGACCUCCUCCACAAUCUCGACGUUUCCCGUUGAUUCCGCCUUCCCCGCUUAUCCCGCGCACCCGUCUCGCUCUGCGUAUUCCGCUCACCCCUCUCACUCCGCUCAUUCCGCGCAUCCCUCCCCCCCCGCUCAUUCCGCGCCUUUCGCCGGUGACACUGGGCGCGGGGCCGCGCGGCGGAUCACCGCGCUCAUUGCGCGGCCACGGGAUGGCGGGCGGAGAUGGUAUGGCGGUGAUGCGAGUGGAAGGGGACGAGAUGCGGGCGAGGAGGAGGAGGUGGUUGUUUCAGGGGAGCUGGGAGGGCACGCAGGGGGGGGAGGGGAAGCGGGAGGUGAUGAUGAGGAAGAGAGAAGGGAAGCGGAUGUGGAGGCGGUGCGAGAGGAAGACGACGCUAGCAUGGACCUAUCAUGGCACCCCUCUGGACUGCCGUCAGCGAGCCUGCCCAGUCUCUCCCCAUCAGAAGCAGCGCAGCUACUGACCAAGGGGCGGGCGCGGGACAUCCGCAUACUGAACGUCGCAGGGCGCUGCCAAUGGGCGGAGCACCUCGUGCUUGCAAGUGCCCACUCCACGCGCCACGCCAGAGGGCUCGCCGCAGGGCUGGCUUACGAGUUGAAGCAGCGGUAUGUGAGGCAGGGCAUGGCAGCGCGCGCGCCAGAGGUGGAGGGCAAGGAGGCGGAGCACUGGAUGCUGCUGGACUGCGGGCGCACGGUGGUGCAUGUGAUGACGGAGGAGGGCAGGCGGAGGUACAAGGUGGAGGCGCUGUGGGAGGGCAAGGGGGAGGGAGGGGAGAGGGGGGAGGGGGGGGAGGAGAAAACUGAUGCUGAUGCUGACGCACGGGCGUUGUGA